AUGCAGUUCCAGCCCAGUGGAAGUCUCGCAGAUGCUGUUGAGCGUGUGUUUGAUUGCAUGAAGCAGCGCUUCUUCGUCGGCGAAGACGUGCUUGUUGAGCAUGAGGGCGUGCGGUAUCCAGGCGUUGUCCGCUCGGGCUUGUGCUGCAGGCACGCGCCAAGCAAUGAACACGAUGCUGAUAAUGCGGCUGCUCCAGCCUCUCGCCCGAAUUCCUCCAAAGCGUUGCAUGCGAAUCUGUCGCUGACUGAAGCAGAUGCGCAUGCCGAUCCACCAGAAGCAUAUGAGUAUACCAUUGAGUUUGAGCAUCCCGCCAAGACCAAGGUCGUCCGAGCUGAACAGCUGAGCCGCGAGAGGCAUGCACUGACAAAGACGAUCCUGCGCCGCUUUCUUCGUGAUGCCUUGUGCCGGGAUCCAUACGUAGGGCAGUUCUGGCUCGUUCGAGAACAUCUCGCUCACAAGCAUGGCCUAUCGUCGGCCUUGCCACCUGCUAUUCAAGCGAGCAUCGAGCAGGCAUCGAACUCGCACAAGCGGCGGAGGUCGGAGGCAGGAACCGAUGCGGAUUCAUCUGCUGCAGGUGCGGCCUCGUCCUCUUCUUCGUCCAACAAGCGCCAAGCGCGCGAGCCGAAAAAGACCAGCCGAGCUGACGACAAGGGCGCCAUGCCAACAUCGGCCACAGCAGGAUCGACUUUGGCUGCUGCCAUGACGAAAAAGGGAUCCAAGUCUUCUUCCUCUCCACCAGCACCACCACCAACACCACCCAAAGUCCUCAAAUUCCCUUGUGAAGACACACUCCUUGAUGCCAUGACACACGAAGAGCUCAAGGUUGAGAUACCUGGUGAGCUUCCUCGCCUAGCAUGUCGACCAGCACUGGGUGGCGAAGACCAGCUCAAUGUGCCCGCUGACGUGUUUGAGCCAUUCUUGACCGUGUACUAUUUUUUCCUCACACUUGGCGAGCCGUUGGGCAUAUCGUGUAUGGCCCUCGACGAUUUGGAAGGCGCACUUCGACAUCCCGUGAAUGACCCUCCUUGCGCGUUGCUUGCAGAAGUGCACGCUGUACUUUUGAAUGCUAUUGUUCGCGACGGUGCACACAGUCGUGAUCUGGCGCCGGCUGCUAUUGCUCAACGGCACGCCCAUGCCGCCGCUCACUCGACUUCGGCUUCUGGACCUGACGAGAACUCGACUGCCGUAGGGAAUGGCGACAUGGACACGCCCACGUCGGAUGCAGCGUCAGAUCUAAGUGAGCUAAGCGACUCGCCGGAGCGCGAUGUGCUGGAUGCAGCGCGUGAGCAGAGUCGUGGCUGGCAACGCCGUGAGCUGGACGACGAACAUCGGUCUGGCUGGGAACGGCACUUGGUCGGCUGCCUUGUAGACCGUGCGACGCCAGAAUCCUUACCGCGAUACCUAGGGAUCUUGUCAUUCAUGACCGGUGUGGAGUACAAUGAGGACGACUCGAUCGAGAAUGGGCGGCAGGCAGGGCGUCCUUUACGUUCAGCCGCUGAGCGAUACCCACAUUUGCCAUUGAGUGACAAGGUGCACAUCCUGCAGUUUCUGUGCGAACUCGCCGUGUUGACACGAGAUGUCAAGGCAUUUUACGAGGAGUGUGAGUCGCACUUGACGGAACUGCGCAAGGAACGUAUUGAGCUGGUGCGUCAGCGAAAGCGCUCGUAUGAGCAGCAGCAAGAGCUUGAACAUCAGCAGACCUCGGCACAGUCUGGCGGCGAGCAGGACGCGGCCGGCCAAGGUACGGAGAACGGCGAUUCCGGUGCGACGGCACAUGCAUCAGGCUCAGCUAAUGACGCCGAUCGCAGCCAACGUCGCACGCAUGGCCGGGCCUUGACAGAUGCCGGCGACGAGGAUGAUCACAAUGAUGGCGAGAAUGGGAAUGAGGACGACGACAACACGGACUCGGAACGAGAUGAGCUAGCGUCUGACGGCGACGAGCCUGGCGGUGCUGACCGAGACGAAGAGGAUGCAUCGGACGCGGACGAGCAAUCGGAUGGCACCGACGGAUCUGACGAUGGCAUCGAUCGCAAAGAAACGGAUCACUACAAACGCUUGGCUGGUACGCGGCAAGAGGUGUUGCGCGAAAAGGCACUACAGCGGGAAGAAGAGGCUGAGAGAGUCGCUGCCGAACAGGCUCGGUUCAAGGAACAGUUUCGUGAGACGAAGCAGCUUCGUGACGAGCGUCGCCGCUUGGCCGAGACGAUCCAGCGGUGUAUACGGCGAGAGGGAGCGAUUGAGCGCGAGUUUCGACGGUAUGCUCAAAUUCCACGUCUUCGGCCAUUGGGGCGGGAUCGGUUCCUUGAUCGGUACUAUUGGCUGGACGGCAUUGGAUCAGCAGCGCGUGGACACAUGGCUUAUCAGACAGCACGGAUCUUUGUGCAGUCUCCAAGUCGGCGCGACUGGGACAAACUGUGCGUCGAGUAUGCCGAUGGACGGGAUGCCCUUGUGCACCGACGCAGUGGUGAGCACCGGAUGGACUCGAAGGCGUGGUCCUAUGGCAGUUGGGGCGUCUACAGUCAGCCAGAACAGGUCGAAGAGCUCAUUGCGUGGUUACGGCCGCAGGGUGUGCGUGAGCAUGCGCUGAAGGCGCAACUGCUCAAGCAUCGCGAGGCUAUUGAGGGCGGCAUGCGCCGCCGCACCGACGAUAUUGCAUUGGGCGUUCGGGAGCCAGCGAUCGAGACGCGUCGCUCGACUCGAAUGCGGUCUGAACAGGCGACGCAGCUACGUAUGCCAUACAUGCAAUGGCGCAACACAGCUCGCAAUGCAUAG